AUGAAUACCCGACCAUCCAAUUAUGCUCUUUUACUCUAUUCCUUGUUAUCUUUCUUUCCAAAUUUUCUAGAAGUUUUCUUAUGUUUUUUUUUCAAAAUGCAUCCAAUUCUAUUCUCGAGAAAAACAACGCCAAUAAAAAUAAAUUGAGAACGUCAUCAGAAGAGCGGAACUACGCAGACAGAAGCGUCGUUCGUGUCUGUCAUAGAGAGGUUCUGGGUGAUGAUCAGAUGGACAUGUCCCGUGUUCUGGUCAUUGCUCCUCUCGUCGUAUUUGCCUUAUUCUUUUUGACUAUUCUGAUGUUACGUUCAUUUUUCUCGAUGAGAGAUAAACGGCGACGUGCUCGACGAGGGUGUCCACAAUCAAGUAUUGCUAACAAUGACACAGAAAUAUCUUGUAAUAAUUUCAAUUCAAAUAGCUCAUUUAAUCGGAACAACAAUUCCAAUAAUACAUCAAAUCCGAGCCCACCUAGUUAUUAUGCCGAAGUAAUGGCUACCAAUUCAUCGGCACUUUAUCCAGUUUAUGUGCCACCUUAUGCGGCGCCUUUGAUGUCGUUACGAGACCCACGGCAAUUUCAGGGUUUACCUGGAUUGGCAGCACCACCGCCUUAUCCUCCGCCUCCUAGCUAUCAUCAAAUUAGUAGUUUUCCUGAAUUACCGAGUGCUCCACACGCGGUGAUAGACGUUGCGCAACAGCCAAGGAUAACAAAAACGCGUCUAGAAGUUACACCAGUCGAGUGAUAGAUGAUUUCUUCAAACUUUCUUGAAUUUAAUUAUUCAAAAAUUCUAUGUAAAUUCGGUAUACAUAAUGAUUUGCCAUAAUUAUGUCUUCUUAUGUUUUUUUUUGUUUAGCAUUUUCGCUUUCCUUUUAAUUGAUCGGGUCACAUGCCUUUUGCUCUUCAUUACACUUUUUACAUUGUAUAUUACAGAUAACUUUAUUCUUUUUUGUCACAAACUGAUAUCAUAACAUUGAUAAUGAAAUUGUUUUUGCCUU